AUGAGCUCCCCCCCAGCAAAAAGUAUCCUUGCCGACACGGUCGUUUGUGUCUGGCAACAGAUCCAGCUGCACCCUUGGUGGACGGCUCUCACCAUUCUCUUGACUCGCCUUGUAUUGACUCGAUAUCGAGAUGGACUGCGACAAGUCCCCGGCCCGUUCGUCGCCAGCUUCUCCAACCUGUGGAAGUUACGCGCCGUCUGGAAGAAGAACAUGCACCGCGAGAAUGUGCGUGUUCAUGAGGACUAUGGCCCGAUUGUGAGGAUCGGCCCUAACCAUGUCUCCGUGGCGGAUGCUCCAAGCAUGCGCGCCAUUUACGGGGUGCAGAAUUCAGCGUUCUACCCUCUAGCAGAAGCCAUCUACAAGGGACGGUUUCUGCCGACACUCUUCACCACAGAGAGCAAUGACUACCACAUGCGAUUGAAGCGAGGGGCGGUCAAAGCCUUCUCCAUGGACACCGUGGUGGGACUGGAGCCAUACGUGGACAAAUGCAUUGCCGUGCUCGUCUCUCGGCUGCGGGAGGUGACGGACAACGGCAAGAGACCGGUCAAUCCAGUCGCCUGGCUUCAGUACUUUGCCUUUGAUGUAUUGGGCGAGAUCAACUUCUCCAAAGACCUGGGCUUUUUGGAGAAGGGCGUGGACGUCGAUAACAUCAUUGCCGCGAUUGGGGGUAUUCUGACCUAUGUCUCUCUGAUCGGGCAAAUCCCCCUAGCGCACAAGUUCCUUCUGGGAAACCCCCUGCUCCCCAAGCUUUUUCCGGCGAUCGAGAAGACGAACCAAGUGCUGCAGUUCUCUCUGGCCCAGAUUGAAGAACGACUGAAGAACCCGGUCGACCGCAAGGAUAUCCUCAGUCAACUGCUGGAGACCCAUCGUGCGGAUCCUGACAGCCUGACGUUGGAUGAGAUAAUCGCUAUUACGACCACGAAUGUGUAG